AUGCCGCACCUGAGGCACUGGGACCAAUCGGCAUGGAGCUGUCUGUGCUCACUGCCGCUUCGGUUCCACGCUGCAAAAGUCCAGCUUCGUGAUUCUACCCAGAGCUGCUCUCGAGCUUACCCUCAUCUCAACCUCCGCGUCAACCACGUCUUCCAUCCAGCCGUCCGCCCCCCGCAGCCGCCACAAACUGCCCUCAUGCAAUGGGCUGACACCAGAGCGCUGCGCCCUCUCGUCAGCAGCAUCGCAGUUGCGCGAAUGCCCCCUCGAACCCCCGGCCUUCCUCUUGGCCUGCUUCGCCCUCUGUCCCGAUCAUGGCUGAAUCACCGCCCCCUUCAUGCCGCCGCCCUGCGCGGCAGUCCAUCUAGGAAGGGCAAGACGUCCAUCUUCAAGGAGAUGUUUCCAGACGCCAGUGCCGGCCACGAGACCCCGAGGACCGACCGACCAAGACGCCCACGCGACGACAUAUUGGCCAAGGAGCCGCCCAUUCAGCGAGAGCUCCUGGGCAAGGAUGAUCUGCACGCGUGGCUCGAGGCACAGAGCCAUGGCGAGGAAGGCAUCAACGCUCGCCCGGAGAAGGACGAAAUGCCGGCGAUGCUCAUCCUUCAUCCACCUCCACGACCGCAACACCCUCGCCCCCUGGACAGUUACUUCAUCCUCUUCACCUCGCGCGCCGCCGCCCGCGCCUACCAGCGCGAGGCCGAGCAGCUCUACAGCCGCGCCCGCGCCGACGCCGCCAAGCAAGACCUCACCCCGGCCCCGCCCGCCGACGACAUUCCCCCCUUUACGCUGGCGCCCCCGUCCCCGGGGCCCCUGAACCUUAAGUUCUACGCCCUACCGCCGAGCACCGCCGCCCGCCUCGGCGCCUUCACCCUCGCCAAAGACGCUGCCCGCCCCGGAAAAGUCUGUCCAAGGCGCACAGAAAGGUCGUCGUCUCGCUGCAGGGCGGUGCCCUGCCGCCGGGCCGCGUUCUGGGGCCUCGUGCGGGGAGAUGGGGAGGAGAAGGAAACCAGCUGGGAACGUGCUUGA